AUGCAAAAUCGAAUCAAACAGUUUCCCACUGUUCACAUGCCCUCAAUAUCGACACGCAUUAACAUAUGUGUACUCACCCGAACAGAGCUUUUCGAGAGAGAAACUCGCCGUAGAAUUCCUUUUCUUCAGUGGGCAAACAGAGGUGAGAGACAUCAGCUUGGUGGAAUUGAGGGGAAAUCCGAGAAAAUCAGGCCGCCGGACCAUGUAGCAGAGGCAGUCGGCGGAACCAUCGCCGAAAGCGGCGGAAACUUCGUUGCAGCAAGACGGCGGGAGACACGUGGAGAAUGUGACCAGCCUGUCGGAACAGGCGGCGGUGGGCGUCUGAGCUGCGGCGGCGAAUGCGGAGGUGAGGGUGAGCAAGAGGAAGAGGCGUAG